AUGCCGUCAUUUUCAUGGCUAAUUAGCGUACCAGAUAAGAACUAUCAUCGUCAUAGAGAUACUAAAGGCAAUUCACUUUGUUUCAACGCGGACAGUGCACUAGAUCUGAGAAACAUCAGAUCGCUUAUCGAAUGUUCUCUCAAGUGUUCUCAAUUCAAUAGUCUCGACAACAAAUUUGGGCAAAAUUGUAACGCAAUUAACUACAUAGGGAAUAAGAAUGAGGCGAACAAGUUGUGUCAAUUGCUAGUGCAUCGCUGCGAUGUUAAUUAUUUCAUUGAAUCUCCAUCCGAUGUCUGUUCGGCCUUUGAGGAUGUGCAAGAGAGGCGGAUUAUAAAAUCUUUACGUGAGUUUUGCAAGACAAAUUUUCAUGAAAUAUUACUGAAUGAUAAAUUAUCAAAAAAAUUUUGUUUAGCUGCUGUUGGUUCAGCUUACACCAAUGAAAUAGUUUCACUCUACCCUCUCGUGUUUGUUGACGAGUGCAUCUUUCCAGUAACAUUCAAAGGGGGUUUAUUCUACGCAUGUUCCAACGCCUUGCCUGAGGUCGAAAACAUCUGCUUUCUGCCAAUGUGCCUUGAUAAGUAUAGGAGGUUGUCAGUUUGUCUAAAUCCUUACCAAUCCAAUUUAGCCAACGAGACAGUUAGUUUGAGAAUUCCAAACAGCAAAAUCAAUUUGAAUGUUGUGAAAGUUAAUCGCUGGAUCGUCAUUCAGCAAAGGAUAAGUAAUUUGACAAGUUUCAACCAAUCGUGGGAGACGUAUAAGAACGAUUUUGGCAAGUUUGAUAGAAAUUUUUGGCUCGGUCUGGAGAACAUUCACCAGCUGACGUCGUCUGCCAACUACAGUUUGAGAUUGGAAGUCUGUGGAAAUGGAUACUGGGUCUCAGAUGAAUACGAUCAUUUUAUGGUAAACUCAGCUGAAUUCAACUACUCUCUGAACGUAUCAAACUACAACGGAGAUAAUUUUGACGUUUUAAACAUCGUACCGACAAAUCUACCAAUCAGUCAGGGACACAACGGGAGAAUGUUCAGCACAUUCGACCGCGACAAUACACCACUUCAAAGGAGCACUGGCAUGCACAUGGCUUCUGGCAACUGGUUUGAUGGUAACAGCUACGCCCAAAAUUUGAAUGGCGUAUAUGAUGUGAAUUUUCAGUACUACGUGUUGAAAUUUGGUCGCUUGGUGGAUGUUCAGUACUGUAGAAUGAUGAUCAAGUUGUUUGAUUUUAAUCUGGUCUGA